AUGAAUUCGAAACAUUACACUACAGUCGGAGGAAAGAGAAGGAAGCAUCUCCAUCUGGAUGUGCCUCAAGCCUUCAUCCCGGAAUUAGCUUGGUUUAAAGUGAUGUUAUACGUGGCAACCCAAUCCUCGGAAGAUCUCUUUCGUAUGGCAUCUGUGUGCCCAUUGUUCAAUACGUUGGCAAACACUCCACAAGUGUGGAACACAAUUUCAAUGGAAAAGUACCAAGACCAUCCUAACUGGUACUAUGCCUCAACGCAGGUCCGGCAUUUCGUGGACCAAUGCAGGGCUUGCGAGAACCCUGAGGCGAUAUUUAGAGAAGCGUUCGACGUGUUUUUCAGGCAGGGUAAUGUGGAAGCAUUUUUUGGGAUGCGCGUUGCAGCCACGGCAGGCCAUAUGGAAGCGUCAUAUCUAGUUGGACUACUUGGCAUGUCCGGAAUUGGUCAGUCAAAAGAGGAUGCAUUAGAAUUCUUGUGUUCUUUGAAUCAACGUAACAACAUUGAUAUGAAAGGAACCAGGGAUGCUUUGAGACGAUGA